AUGGCCGGUGGUCUGCACUUACAAGUCAAUGAGGUCCCUCGACCUCUAUCCAUCCUCCUAUUCGGAAUGCAACAGAUGAUGAUAUGUCUUUCUGCAUUGCUAGUGGUCCCUUAUAUUGUAUCGGAUAUGUUAUGUGCCGGAGAUAAGGCUCUUGAAAUACGGGUUCAAUUGAUCUCAGCCACUUUUGUUACUUCGGGUAUUGCUACUAUUCUACAAACGACAUUCGGGUUACGCCUCUCCAUCCUUCAUGGUCCAUCCUUUGCCUUCAUUCCUGCACUUCACACAUUUCAAACUUCCUUCCCAUGUAACGCAGAGACUAGCACCAACAAUUGGGAAGAGAAAAUGCAGAUGAUAUCUGGAAGUUGCCUGUUAGCUGUACUCAUCAUGCCGAUUAUGGGAUUUACAGGACUAAUCGGGAAAAUCUCCAAAUACAUUGGUCCAGUGACAAUCGUCCCAAUUAUGAGCUUGCUCACUAUUGGUACAGUUCCAGACAUUGAGGAAAAAAUGGGUCUGCAUUGGAUUUCUAUUGUAGAAUUCUUGAUUUUGGUAGUGUUUGUGGUUUUCCUUGGACAAACUGAAGUACCAAUUCCGGCGUAUUCAUGGACGCAGAAAAAAUUCAAGUUUACUUAUCAGAAGAUUUUUGGGCAAUUCCCUUAUCUCCUCGGAAUCAUUAUUGCCUGGAUUUUCUGCUUGAUUCUGACAGUGACUAAUGCUGAACCUCCCGGAGGACAAGCCAGAACUGAUAACAAUAUCAGUUUGGCGGUAUUCAGAGACACUCCUUGGGUACAAAUUCCAAAACCAUUAUUCUUCGGACCACCGAAAUUCAAUGCAGCAUUGGUUUGCGGAUUCAUGGCGUCGUGUUUUGCAGCGAUGAUUGAGAGUAUUGGUGACUAUAAUCUCUGCGCCAAAAUUUCCCAACAGACUCGUCCACCGCCAUCGAAUACCAAUCGAGCGUUCGUCGUUGAAGGUGUCGGAUGUAUUCUGGCGGCACUCUGGGGAGUUGGAACUGGAAUCACUUGCUAUGCCGAGAACAUUGCCAUUAUGUCCGUCACGAAGGUUACCAGCCGUGUAACCAUGCAAAUGGCUGGUGUCCUCCUCAUCCUUGCCGGAAUAAUUUCAAAAUUCGCCGCAUUCUUAUCAAUGAUUCCUGAACCGAUCAUUGGCGGACUUUUGGCUAUGGGUGUCUCUCUAAUCAACGGAGUUUCGCUGAGCAAUUUACAAACCGUCGAUAUGAAGAUAUCCAGAAAUUUGACUAUAAUUGGAAUUGCUAUCAUUAUGGCAAUUACCACGGCCACCCAUUUUGAAAAGACGCCUUUGAAUACUGGAAACAAAACAGUGGAUGACGUCUUCGGAACUCUUCUAACCAUCAGAAUGUUAAUAGGAGGUCUAAUCGCUUUCACACUUGACAAUAUUGCUCCAGGAGCCACUAGAAAACAACGUGGAUUCAGAGAUGAUAAUGAUUUUGACGAGGAUGACGAAAAAGAAAUGAUUCCUGAUGUGAAGCACAAUGGCUAUGCACUUCCUUCAUGUGUCAAUAGAUUCUUCUUAAAGUAUCAUUGGUUGACAUACUUGCCAGUGAUACCAUCGAAAAGAUCGAUUCAGGAAAUUGAAAAUGAAAGAAAGGGGGAGACGACCAAAGAGAAGUUAUGA